ACAUAUAUACAGACACAUGUAGAUUACAUAAAAUAAAAACCCAUCAAAAUUUGAAAGAAUUCACCACCCUUUUUUUCUCUGUUUAUAAUUUUAAUUUUUCUCCUCGUCUCAGCUGCUGUAAUUGCUGGUGCUGUUGUGGAAAAGAGGGAGAGAGACCCAAAAGAGACUAUGCUUGAGGACUCAGCUGUGCUAGGAGGAGGAGGUGGCGGCAGCGAAGGUGGUGCCUCCGGCGAUGCAGUGGCGGCCACAGGUGGCGGUGGCGGAGUUGGAUCAAAUUCAGGGGAUGAUGAGAAGGGAAGAAUCGAAGAGGGUGAACGUAGCUUCGGUGGCAACCGGUGGCCACGAGAAGAGACUUUGGCUUUGUUAAGGAUACGGUCGGAUAUGGACGUGGCGUUUCGAGAUGCAAGUGUUAAGGGUCCUUUGUGGGAAGAAGUCUCCAGGAAAAUGGCAGAGCAUGGGUAUCACAGAAGUUCGAAGAAGUGCAAAGAGAAAUUCGAGAACGUGUACAAGUACCACAAGAGAACCAAAGAAGGUCGAAGUGGGAAAUCAGAUGGCAAAACAUAUCGUUUCUUUGAUCAAUUAGAAGCCCUUGAGAACCACCCUCCAACAUCUCAUUCCCCCAACCCAUCAUCAAAACCACAACCCCUAUCAACACGAGUAGUAGCAGCAACAACAACAGUAUCACUACCAACCACUUCUACAUCACCACCAACAACAGUGCCAAUGCUACCAGUGUCCAACACCACUCUCACUACUAGUGUCCCCCAUGUCACUGUUCCAUCAACAACAACGCUCCCCAUAGCCAUGCCUCAAGGCAUUGUCACUGCCCCAUCAAUAAACCUCACAAACCCUUCUUACCUUCCAACAAACCCUACAAAUUUCCCACCACCAUCAACAGCAAACCCUACCACCAACGCAACCCCACCCUCUUUCCCAGCCGAUACCUUCUCUAAUUCUAGCUCCUCCUCAACCUCCUCCGAUGAAACAUUGGAAGGAAGGCGGAAGAGGAAGCGCAAGUGGAAGGACUUCUUCGAGAGACUAAUGAAGGAAGUGAUCGAGAAGCAAGAGGACUUACAAAAGAGGUUCUUGGAAGCCAUAGAGAAACGAGAACACGAGAGAAUGGUAAGAGAAGAAUCAUGGAGAGUACAAGAAAUGCAAAGAAUCAAUACGGAAAGGGAAAUUCUAGCACAAGAAAGGUCCAUAGCCGCAGCCAAAGACGCUGCCGUAAUGUCAUUCUUGCAAAAAAUAGCCGAACAACAAAACCUUGGUCAAGCAUUGAGUAACAUCAACAUCGUACAAGCACAAGCACAAGCAGUGUCUCAGCCACAAUCAAAUGCUGCAGCAGCACCAGUGCAACAACAACCACCACCAGUAGUUGCACAACCCGUUGUUCUACCCGUGGUCCCACAACAACAAGUGACAAAUAUGGAAAUAGUGAAAGCUGACAACAACGGUGAGAAUUUCAUGCCAGCGAGUUCUUCGAGGUGGCCAAAAGUGGAGGUUCAGGCGUUGAUAAAGCUGAGAACAAGCCUUGACGCAAAGUAUCAAGAGAAUGGACCAAAAGGGCCUCUUUGGGAGGAGAUCUCUAACUCAAUGAAGAAGCUUGGGUACAACAGAAACCCCAAAAGGUGCAAAGAGAAAUGGGAGAACAUCAACAAGUACUUCAAGAAAGUUAAGGAAAGCAACAAGAAGAGACCAGAAGAUUCCAAAACAUGUCCUUAUUUUCAGCAACUCGAUGCGUUGUAUAGAGAGAAGAACAAGCUCGAGAACCAACAAGUGCCCAAGCCGCCGGACUCCACGGUGGCACCGUUGAUGGUGCGGCCGGAGCAGCAAUGGCCACCUCAGCACGACCUAAUGAGGGAGAGAGAGGUCACAAUGCAAGACGUGGAGAACGAAGAGGAUGAUGAAGAGGAAGAGAGAGAGGGAGAGGAAGAAGAAGACGAUGAAGAGGAUGAAGAAGGCGGUGGAGGUGGCGGUGGUGGUAACUAUGAGAUAGUGGCAAACAAGAAUAAUGCUUCUUCAGUGGGUGCUUCAGCUGAGUAGUGAUGAGAGAGAGAGUUGAAGUGGGUCAGAGAGCAUUCAGGGGUUGUCGGAAAAGUGGGUGGUGGUGGUGGCGGCGGCGAUUGGUGAGUGUGGUGGUGAAGAAAGAAUUUCAAUGUAAAAGUACGGUGGAAUGACACAUGGGUAUCGAGCUGUGGGAGACGGUACUUUGUUGUAGCAUAUAGUCAGUAAGAUUAUAUGGUUUUUUUUUUCUUUUUUAUAGAAUUUGUUUAUUUUUUUGGGAUAAUAAAUAAGUCCAAGCAGAGAGGAAUUUAAGAUAGAGAACAAUAAAGAAGAGAGAGACCUUAAUUAAGGUUGUAAUUUUUUUUCUUCCCUUCAUCUUGUUUUAUGUUCGUGCUGGUGUAAAUGGGAGAAGAUUAAUUGGGGGUUUGUCCUUUUCUUUUUAA